AUGCCAACCGAUCUGCCCAAGUCUCAAACCGCGAUUCUCCAAGCCGAUGGCGGGGUUCUCGUGAUCACGCAUGGGGUCCCUCUGCCACAGGUCCCCCCCAACCGAAUGCUGGUACGUGUAAUCGCCGUGGCCCUUAACCCCUGCGAUUACAAGAUGCCCUAUCAAUUCCCUUGUAAGGGCGUCGUCAAUGGAACCGACUAUGCGGGAAUACUUGUCGCCAUCGGGCCCGACGUGGCCAGUCUACCAUCCAAGCCACGCUGGAAAAUCGGCGACGCCGUGUUUGGUGCUUGCCACGGAGCGAAUUCAAUUGAUCCCGAGUCUGGGUCCUUCGCGCAGUAUGUUCGGGCAGAUCCGGAACUGUUGUUCAAGAAGCCAGAUUACAUGGCAUGGGAGAACGCAGCAGCGUUUGGUGCCAGUGGAAUCGCAACCAUUGGACUGUCCCUCUUUUGGGAUGGAGGAAUGGGACUACCGGGUAGUCCUGAAAGUCCUGCCGAGGAACCGGAGCAGGUUCUCGUUUAUGCUGGUAGUACGUCUGUGGGAACACUUGCCAUUCAACUCUUGAGAAUAUAUGGCCAUAUUCCCAUUACCACCUGCUCGCCCAAAAACUUCGAUCUCGUACGCUCCUACGGGGCCGAAGCGGUCUACGAUUACCAUUCCGCUACCUGUGCGCAGGACAUCCGGACAUACACGGACAAUAACCUGGAGCUGGUGUUAGAUCCGAUGACGGAAGCUAAAACCCAACGACUUUGCUACCAGAGCAUUGGUCGCGCCGGGGGGCGGUACAUCGCGUUGGAGAUGUGGCAGCCAAUGAACCACACGCGACAGACGGUUGAGCCUACCUUCGUCAUGGGGUCUGCUAUCAUUGGGAAUGAAAUCCCCUUGGGAAAUGGAUAUGGAAGUGAGGCAGACCCGGAAAAGCGUCGGUUCGGAAUCCAGUACUAUCGCCAGAUUCAAAGCCUCUUGGAUAGCAAGCGACUCAAGUCGCACCCGAUCAGGGUGGUGGAGGGGGGUUGGCAGGGGAUCUUGGAUGGGUUGGAAUUGUUGAAAUCGAGGACUUUGUCGGCACAGAAACUGGUGGUUUUUCUGGGAUCUCCGUGA